AUAAAAAAAAAAUAGUAGAAUCCCAGGCCAUACACAACUUUUUAAACGAUAAGUUGUUUCGUUCGUUCCUUCCUUUUUUUCUUUUGUUAUAGUUAUUAGAAAAAAUUGCAAAAAUUCUGCGUAAAAUAAAGUCUACUUUACAACAUCGUAAAAAUAAAUCACGUUUAAAGUCUCAAACUACAACGCAACCAACAACAUCAAUAAACACAGCAGGAACAACAACUUCACAGAUUUUAUUACAACAAAGUGUGACUGAGAGCGAAAAUCAUCGUCUCCAGCACCAAUAUCCAGCACAAAGUGCUUACCAGGACAAUCACAAAGAAAUAAUUGAUAAAGAAACAAUAACUGGUGGUCAAGGAUUAACAAUAUUUGAAGGUGCCAUGGAAACAAACCUAAAUAAGGUGUUGAACCAGGGUGUACGACAUCAGCUAAAUGGUCUGCUGUGUAAAUACACUAACGUAAUGAAAGGUUGGCAAUAUAGAUGGUUUACGGUUGAUCCCCAAAGUGGCAUUUUAAGCUAUUAUUUAUCGGACUGUACUUCCGCUGGUGAUGAUGUACCACCUCCAGCUCAUGUACUAACUAGCUCUCCACGGGGACAGGUUCAUUUAGCCGGUGCUGUGGUCUGUCCCAGUGAUGAAGAUUCUAGAACUUUUUCUAUUGGAUGUGCCUCUGGUGAUACCAUUAAGUUGAGAGCAGCCGAUGCUAGAGCACGCCAGGAAUGGGUAGAUGGAUUGCGGGCUGUUGUUGAGAGUCAUACAAAGGCCAUGGAUAUAAGCAAUUCAACACCAUUGCCACCACGUGAGCUAUUAGCGGCAUCGGACGCUAUGGUCUCUGCUCGCCAGGCACUUUAUCUAACCGAACAAUGCAAUGCUUCUUUGGCUCGUGCCAUAGAAAAUGUCGAUUGUGAAGCCUUUUCGCCCACGGAUCCUGAUUUACUUUUACUAAAAGCAAUAUCUACCGCCAGUACGCAAUGCCUGCAUCAGUGCCUGAGUCUUUUGCAACGUCACCAAGAGAUCAAUACACCGCGUUCCGAAACAACAAGUGUUAAUUAGUUGAACAAACUGCACAAAACUACUAAUUAAUAUGACUAUAUGGAGGAUGUCUUAACUACUUGUAAAUUUUGACCUGUUAGUUAAAGUUCCCAAUUCCACAAAAAAACACUAUCAUCUCCAAGAGCACAUUUUAAGCAAUACGGAUCGGUUUAGUUACGUCUGUAAAUUUCACAAAAUGUAAUGUCUUUAAUCAAGUGCUUAAAAUGUAUUAUUUAUUUCAUUUGUACAAAUGUACACAUAUUUUGAUUGUGAAACACUCCUAAUUAAAAACUAAUAUUUUAAUAAAGAAAAAAACAAAACAAA